AUGGCCGAUCGUAAUAGCGACCAAGUUGAAAAAAUAGCGACCCAGCAAGCCCUUUCAUUGCCAGAGAUAGUUGGCGAAAUAUUCCAUUGGAUUAAUCAAGAUAACAACAUCCGCACAUACGACGGCGCUGGAGAUUGGCUCUACGACAGAGACCCCGCCAAAUUCUACUAUUAUGGCAAAUUAGGCGUGUUAUUUCGAUGUUGCAUGGUCAACAGACUUUGGCAUCAAGAAGCAUUGCGAUUCAUAUGGGAACGCGUCGAUGCUCAAAUAACCACCUGCUUCAAAGGCAUUAACGACCCAUCUCGCGCACAGAUUUACGCUCAUAUAAUAAAACGCGCUAAUAUGCGCACCCUCCACGAAGAAGACAGUACAAAUGACUUUUAUUUGCGUUUCCACGGCGUCGUUUUCUCGAAACUGGAAUGGUUGCGCUUAUUUUGUCCGUUUUCGUCGACCUUGGUUCCAACUGUCCGGUUCCCAAAUCUGAGGAUUGUUGAAUUCGAUCCGGAUUAUGGAGAGUAUAAUCCUAACCACGAUAAUUACGUCAGGCAAGAUCAGUGGGAUAGAGUUUUUGAGCAGAUUCCUAAGCUCUUCCCCACUAUCGAGACUGUGAAAUUCGUUGACGGCGCGCGAGUUUGGCCUGGAGCUCUGGCGCGAUUUGGAAAAAGCCUCCCCUGUUUGAAGAAGUUUGAGACGGAAAUGGUGGUAGAAAGUACAGAAACAAGCUAA